AUGGGGACAAACUUUUGGGAAACGGAGGCAGAUGUGGUUUACGUUGGUGACCCUAACAUGGACCAUGCUUGUUGGGAGAGACCGGAAGACAUGGAUACACCAAGAAGUGUGUUUAAAGUAGACAAGAACAAUCCUGGUUCUGAUAUCGCCGGUGAAAUCGCUGCCGCUCUUGCCGCCGCUUCGAUUGUUUUCCUCGAAUGCGACCCUUCUUAUUCCAGUCUCCUUCUUCAACGAGCCAUAACGGUUUUUGCAUUUGCGGACAAAUACAGAGGACCCUACAGCGCAGGUUUACAACCAGAAGUUUGUCCAUUCUACUGUUCUUACUCUGGAUAUCAGGAUGAAUUGUUAUGGGGAGCCGCUUGGUUACACAAAGCAACAAGUAACCCAACAUAUCUCAAUUACAUCAACGUUUAUGGACAAAUCCUUGGAGCUGAUGAGUCUGAUAACAUGUUUAGUUGGGAUAAUAAGCAUGUUGGUGCCAGGAUUCUUCUCUCCAAUAUGGGUGAGAGCAACAUGCAGUACGUGACGUCAACAUCCUUCUUGCUCUUGACCUACGCCAAAUACUUGACCUCUGCUCGCACCGUCGCUUACUGUGGUGGCUCCGUCGUCACCCCCGACAAUCUCCGCUCCAUUGCCAAGAAACAGGUGGAUUAUUUACUUGGGGACAACCCAUUGAAAAUGUCAUACAUGGUUGGUUUCGGUCCUAAAUAUCCACGUCGGAUUCAUCACCGUGGCUCAUCUCUCCCCUCCGUCGCAGCCCACUCGAGCAAGAUCCAAUGCCACGACGGCUUCUCCAUGUUCAACUCCCAAUCUCCUAAUCCCAACGAUCUAGUGGGUGCGGUCGUUGGUGGUCCGGACCAGAACGACCAAUUUCCUGACGAACGGUCCGACUACCAACGGUCAGAGCCAGCCACUUACAUUAACGCCCCACUUGUUGGAGCCUUGGCCUAUCUCGCUAGCUCAUUCGGCCAAGUUACCGUGAAAUCAGAUUCGUUGUCACCUAUCAUUUGGGGUCAAACAUCCGCAAAAGAAGAUGGAAUCGCACACUCAAAUAUUUCGGCAAAAUUUUCACGUUCAUUGAUUCUAAUGGCCUUGGUGUUUGGUUCUUGCGUGGCUAAUGGUGAAUAUCUCGGCGGCCGCCGUGGCCUCGCCGCUAAUUCUGGCAACCCUUCAGUCUUUGAUAUUACCAAGUUUGGAGCCGUAGGAGAUGGUGCCACCAACUCUUUCAAGGCGUUUUUGAACACAUGGAUCCAAGUGUGUGAAAGUCCUGUACCAGCAACGCUACUAGUACCUAAAGGAGAAUUCUUGGCUGGUCCAGUUAUCUUCGCCGGUCCAUGCAAGAGCAAGGUGACCGUCGAAGUUCAAGGCACGAUCAUCGCUACAACAAGCGGAUACGCGACCCCUGAGUGGUUCUUGUUCGAGCGUGUCGACGAUGUCCUCCUCACCGGAACCGGCACAUUCCACGGCAAAGGUGAAGCCGUUUGGAAAGCAGAUGGGUGUGGCAAAAAGGUCCAGUGCAAUCUUCCUCCAACGUCUCUCAAAUUCAGGAACAUGAAAAAUCUUGAAAUUAACGGCAUUAGCUCGGUCAACGCAAAGGCCUUCCACAUGUUCUUGGUGAAAACCGAGAAUGUCAAAAUCCACCACAUUAAGCUUAUCGCGCCUGCUGAAAGCCCCAACACCGAUGGUAUCCAUCUGAGCAAUGCGGACAACAUUAGCAUCCUCGACAGUACAAUAGCGACAGGAGACGACUGUGUCUCGGUCGGACGUGGCUCCAACAACGUAACCGUGGAACGUGUGACUUGCGGUCCGGGACACGGCCUAAGUGUCGGUAGUCUUGGCAAGUACAAGAACGAGGAAGACGUUAGCGGCAUUUACGUUAAGAACUGCACGAUGAUAGAGACCGACAAUGGACUUAGAAUCAAGACCUGGGGUGGUUCGGGUGCAAGCAAGGCUGCAGACAUUAAGUUUGAAGACGUCAUCAUGCAAAACGUCAAGAACCCAAUCAUCAUUGACCAAAACUACGGUUCAAGAGGCGGAGAUUCACACGUUGCGAUAAGCGAUGUGUUGUUCAAGAACGUACGAGGAACAACAAUUACAAAAGAUAUUGUUCAGAUAGCAUGCAGCAAAUCGGUGCCGUGCAAAGGUGUCAACGUCGUUGACGUGAAACUGGACUUCGUAGGCAAGGCAGGAGGAGCAAAGUCGUCGUCAGGAGGUUUGGUCGGAGCUAUUUGCGACAACGCCAAUGUUAUCUUUGGUGGACAACUUAGCUUCCCUAUGUGUCCCAAAUAAGCUUUUUGGGAUCAAUAAUUCUAUAAUAAAAAAAAAAAGGAAAAUCAAAAGUCAACAAACAUUUGUUUUGUUCGUGAGUUAGUCUGGGAAUUUAUCAACAAGAAAUAAUCAUUGGACACUGACUUUUGAUAUUUUUUGUUUUCCCCUAACUUUUGAUUUUUUUUGUUUUUCUAUUUUUUUGGGUAAUGUAUAUGAUAACUGGACCUUUCAGCUGGUUGAUUAAGUUUCUGGUUAGAAAAUUUGGUCCGUGAAUGUUAGUGUAUACAAAAAAAUAAAAGUACUCUAUUUUUAAGGCACUGAUCGAAAGAAACAAAAAAGAAAAAUCAUCAGCUGCUUUACUUAAUUUGUUUCUUGAAUUUAGCUUAACUUAAUUGGAAAUUAUUAAAAAGCAUAUAAAAAUGGUCAUGCUAACUGAGAUGUCGAUGUCUUACAUCCACCACUGCUCACAUCUCAAUUAAAUUAGUUCCGGUUCUUUUAGUUUCACACCAAAUCGUUUUGGGAAGCCUGAGUUAGAAUUUGUAAAUGUUUUAGAUUCAAAUUGAUAUUCCUGCUGUAAAAGCAACACUAUGUAUUUGAUCUAAUAUCAUCC